AUGUCUGAUCUCGGUCGCAAGGGUCUCGGUGACCAGGUGCAGGAGAAGGUCACUCCUGACUCCCAGAAGUCUACUCUCGACAAGGCCUCCGAGUCUGCCUCCGGUGCCUACGACAAGGCUGCCUCUUCCGUUCAGCCUGAGGGUGACAAGUCCGCCACCCAGAAGGUCGGCGAUGCCACCCGCAGCGGCGGCGACAACGCUCAGAACCAGGGCCAAGGCAUCCUCGGCUCCGCUCAGGAGUCCCUCGGCAACGCUGCCCAGUCCGUCCAGGACACCUUGUCCGGCAGCAAGAAAUAG